AUGCCUUCAGUACUCACCUUUAAUCCCAAACAACGGAGGAAUUCUCAGCAGAUAAACUGGACUGUCCUCUACAGAAGAAAGCACAAGAAGGGACAGUCGGAAGAAAUUCAAAAGAAAAGAACCCUCUGUGCACUCAAAUUCCAGCGGGCCAUCACUGGUGCAUCUCUUGCUGAUAUAAUGGCCAAGAGGAAUCAGAAACCAGAAGUUAGGAAAGCGCAGCAAGAGCAGGCUAUCAGGGUUGCCAAGGAAGCAAAAAAGGCUAAGCAGGCAUCAAAGAAGACAGCAAUGGCUGCUGCAAAGGCCCCCACAAAUGCAGAGCCUAAACAAGAUUGUGAAGCCUGUGAAGUCUCUGCUCCCAGAGUGGGUGGAAAACGCUAA